AUGGCAGAACAUAACCAUGCUUGGCACUCGAAAGACACCGCGGGUGGAAUUGCAUAUGGUACUCCUUCUUUGACCAACAUGAUUAAGGAGAACCAAGAAAGAGAUCAAGUGAUUGCCGGGCUUGCCACCAAUGUCAAUGUGUUGACGAAGAUGUUCACUGAGAGCCAAACAAAAAAGGUGAAUGUGGUGGAAGAUGUUCAACCCAUGUCAAAUGAGGAUUACGAGGAAGCAAAUUAUGUCAACAAUUCUCAAGGAGGUUAUCAAAGGCAACCCUACCAAGGUUCAGGACAACAAAACCAAUGGAGGCCUAACCCGCAAGGGCAAGGCAACCAACAGUGUGGUAAAAAUCUUCGAGGAGAGAAUGAACAAGUGGUCGAAGUGGAAGAUUCCGAACAAGAAGUCGAGGCACAAGUUGAGGUGCCAAUUGUUGUUGAAGUUGAAAGACUCCCAAAGAAGGUGAGAACUCAAGAAGUGAACCCUGAAGAGGUUAAGGAAAAGGUAAUAGAGGCGCCAAAAACUCUAGCACCAAUUCCUAGGCCUCCGCUGCCUUUCCCUCAAAGACAUGCUAGGAAGGUUGAUAAUAGCAAACUCGAGAAGUUCUAUGACAUUCUCAAGCAAUUAUCGAAUAAAGUGGUUAAUGUGACUCACCGGGUUAGUUCCAUCAUCGCAACAACCACCGCCCCAAAGAAAGAGGACCCGGGAGCCUUUACCAUUCCAAACACUAUUGGGUUGCGCGAUUUUGCACGAGCCCUUUGUAAUAAUGGGGCUAGCAUCAACUUAAUGCCCCUUGCUAUUUACAAGCAAGCAGGAUUAGGUAUGCCUAGGCCUACAAGUAUGAGGUUGGAAAUGGCCGACCGUCCAAUAAAGCGACCAGUGGGAAUUGUUGAUGAUGUUCUUGUGAAAGUAGGGGAAUUUCUCCUCCCUGCCGACUUUGUUAUCCUCGAUUGUGCGUGGAUAUAG